AUGUCGACAACUGACUAUGUCAAUAACUCCCUGCCCCUUCCAAAUACCUCACUGGCGGACAAGACGGUGUACGCGACAUGCAGCCACAUGCCUGAGGUCAUCCUAUUUUACCUGGGCAUGCAGUUCAUUAAUAUGUUCAUAGGCAUUCCAGCAAACCUCAUGGUGCUCUGGCUGAUCCGUAGUAACCGGAAAGACUCUUCCUCCUCUGACAUCUUCAUCGUUCACCUGGCUGUCCUAGACACCUUCUUUUGCCUUAUCCCUCCAUUGGAGUUGGCCAACCUGAUGUGGUUGACCACCAGCAGCACGUGGUAUGUCCUGCGCUUCUUUUAUGGGGUCAAGGACUCAUCACCGCUCUUCCUUUCCUGCAUUUGUCUGGAUCGUUACAUGGCAGUGCUGCACCCUAUCGUCUUCUCCAACCUGAAGGAUAAGCCUCAUCGGCCCGUCUGUGCAGGCGUCACGUGGUUCAUCACGCUGGUCUACGCAAUACUAAAGUGCAUCGGGACUAUCCCCAACUUUGAUAAAGUGUUCACAGUGAUGAUCCUGGCUGCAUUCGCCUUCAUGGUCUUCUGUAACAUCUCCAUACUCUGGGCGCUAAGGAAGUCUGGCCCAGGUCGUGAUGACAUGCACCCUGUCAAGAAAAGAGCCUUCAAGAUGGUACUCAUCAUUCAGGCUAUCAUAGUCUUUAACUACUUCCCUCCUGUUGCACUCUUCCCAUUUAAGUCCUAUUUCAUCCCAGAUGUGUUCAGAUGUUACAUCCAUUACAUAGCAUUCGGCUUCAUGGACAUUAGUAGUAGCAUUCAGCCUGUGCUCUAUCUGUCCAAAUGGAAGCCAAAAUGUCCAGCAUGCUGCUGUACAUGUUGUACUACUGAACAGACUGAAAAGGUAACCACAGCAAUCGAACCCUCCACUGUGUACUCAACGACUGGGUAAGGUUUGCUUGUAAUAAAAUGAGAGGGAUUAUAUAAUAGACUCUCUGUCUAUAA